AUGGCGCCCUCCGUCGCCAUCCUGCUGCUCCUUCUCUGGUCCUGGUGGCCCCUGGGAGGCCGGCCCCACCCGCUGGCAGCCUCGGGCCAGGGUUCAGAGGCAGGGGAAAUCCAGGAGCUGCUCGAUCGUGUGAGGGGCCAGGUGUCCUCCGGGAUGGAGGCAGAGCCCACGGCCGCGGAAUCGCUUCCACACUACCAAAGCCCGUCGGGAUCUGGGGAGGCCGUGGACGGCGACUUGGGGCACAGCGGAAGCACCUACCAGGCCCCGAGGGGGCAAGUCUCCCGGAAGGUGUUCAGAAGAGGCUGCUUCGGGCAGAGGAUAGACCGGAUCAGCUCUGUCAGAGGCCUGGGCUGCAAUGUGCUGAAGCCAACUUAG